AAUAAAAAAUCUUUAAGUUAUGGGCGAAGAUAAGUGCUUAGUUGUGACUCAGUUGGAUAGUGUCGGAAAGUGUGAGCUCAAGUUCACGGCGUCGGCAAUGGCUGCCGUUACCUCUCUUCUUCCAUUCAAUCUUAACUCUCCGGUUAUGUCGACAAAGCCCCGAGCUGUUCUUGACAGCGCUAGCAAAAUGCGAGUGUCUUAUGGAUUGAAGCAGGGGCAGUCCCGUCUUUUUCACGAGCUCCCAUCUGGGCUGAAUAUAGAGUUAAUUGUACAGAAGGGUGUUGUAGAUAAUAAAGACCCAGAUGAUAAAUGCCAGACAAGAAUUGAUAACCCAUCUCUGGUUUUUGUUCAUGGAAGCUAUCAUGCUGCUUGGUGCUGGGCUGAACACUGGUUACCCUUCUUUUCAUCACAUGGCUACGAUUGCUAUGCUCUUAGCUUGUUGGGCCAGGGUGAAAGUGAUGCGCCUACUGAUUCUGUUGCCGGUACACUACAGACUCAUGUAGGUGAUAUUGCUCACUUUAUCCAUCGUACACUCAAGUCACCACCAGUAUUGCUUGGACAUUCAUUUGGUGGGCUUAUUAUUCAGUACUAUAUUGCAAGUAUUAAGAAUGGCCGAAGUUUAGGGAAGGAAAAUUUGUAUCCUGAGCUUGGUGGUGCAGUACUUGUAUGCUCUGUUCCUCCUUCGGGUAAUAGUGGCUUGGUUUGGCGCUAUCUGUUUUCCAAACCUAUUGCAGCCUUUAAGGUAACACGAAGCUUGGCAGCAAAAGCUUUCCAGACUUCUCUUCCACUCUGUAGAGAGACAUUUUUCUCUGCAAAUAUGGAGGAUCAACUGGUUUUACGUUAUCAGGAGCUAAUGAAAGAAAGCUCGAGAAUGCCCUUAUUUGAUCUGAGGAAGCUGAACGCGUCACUUCCAGUUCCUUCAGUUCCAAAAUCUUCUAUUGAGCUUCUUGUGUUGGGUGCAAAGAAUGAUUUCAUACUGGAUACUGAAGGCCUCAAUGAAACAGGCAAAUUUUAUGGCGUGUCACCAGUAUGUGUGGAAGGGGUUGCCCAUGACAUGAUGUUGGAUUGUUCAUGGGAGAAAGGUGCAAAAGUUAUUCUAUCAUGGCUAAAUGGUCUGAAGGAAAAUGUACCACCUUAGUUUAGAUAUUCUUUUUCUUUGGGUUAAUUGCAGGCAAAUCAGCUGGUUAGUUAAACCCAUGUUUUAGAGAGUACUAUGUAAUAUUUUGCUUAAACCAGACAAGUGAAUAGGUCCUAAUGAAGUAAUAAAAUAACUUAAUCAUACCCACCCCUGAAAAGGUAUCUGGUUCAAGCCCAAAUAUAUGGGAAGAGUUGCUGUAUAUAGUCUAUUUUGUAAAUAGGGUUCUUAAGGCACUAAAAGGCCAAUUCUUCCAAAGAAGAAAAAAAAAGACAUAUUCACUUUCAUUCAGACCCGAACCAGAGAACUAUCCACAAGACCACUUCAUACGCCAAACUCGAGAAGAAGCUUUCAAAGGCGCGUGUACCAUUACUUGUUAUUCUACUAGUGAUUUUGGGCAAGAUCAAUGUAUAGUGAUCAGUUAUGAUUGCCGGUACAUAGUUUCAAGUUAGGCCUUACUUAAGUCUGGUCUCCUCUCCCAGGUCUCAGCUUCAGGCUCCCACUGAUGAACGUAUGAAAACGGCAAGCCAAGCAAAUGCACGAACGUAUUGGAGGCUUUCUCUGUUGCCUCUUGAUGAUACUUCUCUGUAUUUUUUGUACUAAAUUGACCAGGGACACUGAUUGCAUGUACCAAAUACAGUCUACUAAACACCAUUCCCUUUUACUCCCUCCAUUUGUGUGUGAAACAAUUGACAUUUCAACAUUGUCUUCAUCACUCUCUGGGGCUUGAACUGUUAUAAAAUGUCGUCUUAAAGGGAGACAACUCUUGUAGCUCAAUGUAUUUACCUUUGAAGAACCUUUUCUACACGAGUACUUUGGAGCCAAGAUGGCUUUUAUCA